AUACUUUUCAUGAGCUCAUCUGAGAAAUUGAAGGAAUCAAUAGUAGGGUAAGCAAACUCAGAGAGGCAUGUCAACGCUGAAAGAGAUCCUAACACGGCGACCAGUGGCGGCGACCAUUAGGCUGACGGUACCGGCGGGAGGAGCACGACCCGCACCGCCUGUAGGCCCAGCCCUCGGACAGUACCGGCUCAAUCUAAUGGCUUUCUGCAAGGACUUCAACGCCCGAACCCAAAAGUACAAGCCCUACACCCCCAUGGCAGUCACCAUCACCGCCUUCAAAGACAACACCUUUGAGUUCACCGUCAAGUCUCCUUCCAUCACGUGGUACCUGAAGAAAGCGGCGGGUAUCGAAUCUGGAAGCAGCCGGCCAGGCCACGUGAUCGCCACCACAUUGUCCGUCAGAUACAUUUAUGAGAUUGCCAAGAUUAAGAAGUCCGAUCCCUAUUGUCAAUACAUGUCCCUGGAGAGUAUUUCUAAGUCCAUUAUUGGGACUGCUAAUACUAUGGGGAUUAGAAUAGUCAAGGACUUGGAUUAGAUUCUUCAUUUCCUUUUCAAUCUAAAAACUUGAAAUGGUAUUUUCGUUACCGCUUUGUCUUUGGUGCAUCUCAGCUGUUCGACGUAUUGUCUGUGUGCGAAAACCUUGGCAUGCGUGUUUAGAUGAUUUCUGCAACUUCCAAACAUUAUUUCAA